UCGCCCUCAGUGCGUGAAAAGCUGCCGGCCGGCUCUCUAUAUCCCGCUUUUCACUAAAAUUAAUCUUUAUAAAUUAAUUGACAAAUAAAUAUAUUAAUAUUUAAUAAAUCCAAGUGACGUGAAAGUGAUUAAUUAAUUAAUUAAUUAUUUAUUAUUAGGGUGGUUAUUUAUUGUCGGGUUAUUAUGUACCGAGUAAAGUUCGCUCUGUCGAAAGGCAAAAAAACUUAAAAAGGAAAGUAAAAAAUGACUCUAAAAAUGGAGCUCUUGAGUGAAGUGACCGGUCAGACAGUAAAAAAAAAGUAACGAGUAAAUGGUGGAGGGAAAGAACCGGGAACGAGACAGGGAGCGCCGUCGCCGGAAAGGAAAGCGGAAAGAAGAGCGACCGGGUCCAGGGUCCGUGAGGAUACCCGGCUCCGAGGGCAAGGGUCUCUCAAAAAAGGAGUCGAAAGUGGCGUCUUACAAAAGGGAACAGAAUCACGAGUCCUGCGGGACUCGUAACCGCCGGCGAACUAAUGGCGGGUCGCUCUCCAGCCGCGGAAGCGCAACUAGUAUCCAGUGCGGACUGUGUGCCGUCCUGACGGGGCUCUUUCGGCGAGCGAUGUGCAUCACAGGAAGCAGGAGAGGCUCAGGAGAGUCCUGCUAUCAGGAACUCUCCACUGAUAUGCACCCCGCGGCUCUUCCCGCGACCAAUGAUAGUUUGUGUGCUGGAAAUGAUCCUGAAGAUCCUGCUGGAAGGCAAGCUUCCUUCUCCAGGAUCAAGGAAGCCGUCGAAGAGGUGACCGCUGAACCGCCCAGUGAGGAAAAUCAGCAGGAUGUCUUUGUCAGAAUCUCUGAAGAAGCAGCACUUCCAUCAUCAGGAGUAUCGCCGUCGGUGAUCGACGGCUCGUCAUCAUACUAUCCGUCAUCACCCCCUGGCCCCGAGAGCACGGAAGAAAUCAUAGAAAUAGAAACCGGGAUGCGUUUCUCCGAGACGGAGAAUUUACUGUUGGAAAACCUGAAUGUUGAGAAUAAACGCGCCCGUCAUACCGGUAGAUUUCUUACCAUGCAUAAAAGAAGACGCAAAAAACUUACUACAAGAUCAUUAAAUCAAGAACCAGGUCUUCUGGACGAUAUCUUUCACGGACAAGUUCAGUGCGUGCUGCAGAGGGCCGGUCACUGGCGUUUCAAUGCUUUCACCCUGGAGACAGUGUCCGGAGGUCGUUCAUUACCAGUAUUAUGCGUUCACUUGUUUCAAUCUUACGGACUGAUAAAUCGCUUCAAUUUGGACGUUGUUAGAGUUUGGAAACUUUUUGCGUUAAUUGAAGAGGGUUAUCACAGUACAAAUCCUUAUCACAAUAGCAUACAUGCUACGGACGUGACUCAGGCUAUGCACUGUUUUCUUCAAGAGGACAAGAUCCGCCGGCACCUGACAAGCCUAGAAGUGAUGGCCUCACUAAUAGCCGCAGUAACUCACGACCUGGACCACCCAGGAGUAAACCAGCCCUUUUUAGUCGCCACCAGCAACCAUUUAGCGACUCUCUACGAGAACACUUCAGUCCUAGAGAACCAUCACUGGCGUUCAGCAAUCGGCUGCCUCCUAGAAUCCGGAGUCUACCAACAAUUAUCUCCCGAAUUACGUCCCCCUCUUCAACAGCACAUCAGCUCUCUAAUCCUCGCUACCGACAUAACCCGCCAACAAGAGUUCCUAGCGCGCUUCAAAACCUACUUAGACACCCGAGAACUAGACAUGUCCUCGCCCAAUCACCGCCAUUUUAUCCUUCAAAUCGCGCUAAAAUGCGCGGACAUUUCCAACCCUUGCCGAGCUUGGGACAUCUCCCGUAAAUGGUCUUACAAAGUCUGCGAGGAGUUCUUCCGCCAGGGGGACUACGAGCGGCAACUUAACCUCCCCGUAACUCCUCUAUGCGACAGAACCGUGAUGUCAAUUCCAAAAAUCCAAGUAGGCUUCUUUGAAUUCGUAGUAACUCCCCUGUACCAAGAAUGGCACCGGUUCCUAAAUUCAAGCCCCCUAAGCUUAAAAUUAAUGUCCAACCUACGCUCCAACCACCAGCGCUGGCAAAAGUUGACUAACUCGGACGUUUCCCCCUCCUCUUUGUCCCCGAACAACUCAGUGACGUCAAACGGUUCCAAGAACUUGCCCUCCCCAGAGACAUCUAUGCUUCGGGCAUCUUCGGAGGAACUGUCUAGCGUAGAGCUGCCAUCUAUCACCAACCAAGGAACCUCAAGCGUCGUAGCUUCUCUAACAGUUCCACUGAACGUCCACGGGCGGCGCCACUCGGUUCCACUGAGCUUGAACAAGUCUUCUAGGAUUGGCCGAAGGCGCGAGAGUGUUCCUUGCACUCCAGAGUUCCCAAAGAUUUUUAAGAACUCUUCGUUUAAUAAAUUGUCCUCCUUGUCGCUCCUUUCUACUCACAGUGACGUCAGUUCUGAGAACGAAAGGCCGGUUAGUGCCGAGAACUUGCUCCCGGAACCGAGUAUUGCUAGUAUAACCAGUGCUGCCGCUGCGAGCAAAUUAUGCAACAUUCUUCAGCCGGAAAGAGCGGGAAAAUUAACGAGGCAGCAAACUUUCCCGCCGUUGCAGCCUUGUAAUAGGACGAGGUACAUGUCUACCACCGCAGAGAUGGCGCAGUGUAGGGGGGAGGUUAAGGAAGAAGAAGAAGGGGAAGAAAACAAGGAGAGGAAGAAGAAAAAAUUAGACACCAGAAGCUAUACUCUGGUGGUAGAGCAGAAAAUUGAGAAAAAGUUUACCGACCGUCGGUACUCCGUUCAGGUGAUUGCCGAUAAAGAAGAGCGGAGGUUCAGGAGCCAUUCUGUGACCGACACGGCCGCCAUUUAUGCGAACUUGACGGGAAGAAAAGAUUCUGAAUCGAAUUCUAAUUCUAAUUCAAGAGAAUUGGAGCUUGUGGAGUUUCAGGAGGAAGAGUGGGGAGGAGAGGAAAAUACCGGGGAUGAGUGUAGACCUCUACCGGGGAAGGUGAGGGAUGAUAGGAGGUUCAGUACACCUGUUGAUGGGCUCAAGGGAACCAUUUUUGAGGCUAGGAGGUUCACGGAACCUAGAGUCUUCUUUAUCGGCAGUCCGCCGGAGUCGCCGCCGAGGAAGAGCAAUUCUUCGUCGAGUGAGGGCAGUGAGAAGGUGGGAGAGGAGGUUUCUAGGGUUAGGGCGGUUAAGAUUAUUAAGCUUGAGACUAAGGAGAAUGUCGAUCCCAGGGGGGAGGAUGGGAAAAGAAAGGGAUGGACCAGGAGAGGGUCAGCGCCUGUUGGGCUCAUGGCAAGGAUUGAUGAUGCCGGGGGAAGGAGUGAUAGGAGGGGAUCUGUUCCUACGGAGACUGAACAAGUAACUGGAAGAUCAGCACUAGGACCACGAGAAAAUGUUCCAUUACCACGACGAGCUAGUCUUCCCCAAGAAACUGCGUUAAAUAAUCUUCUAGGAAUCUCAACAGACUACCGGGAAAAUUACCCGCUGAAUAAUAACAACCUUGGAGUGAACAACAACACGCAGAUCCAGCAAAUCCGGCUAGUAGAAUCAGUAAGCUCCAGCGGAAUAGGAAUUCCGUCAUCUCCAAGACGCGGCUCGGUUCCAGCAGACAUCUCAGAGCUGCGCCGGGAGUAUUUAAUCCGGAACGCAAGUACCGCCGGCGUGACUACGCAAAACAAGUCUCGGAACAACCGAAAAAAGUCACUGCGCCGACGCAGUUCCGGGGGCCCUGAAAUGUUCUCAAAUCCCACCGACGACAAUGACAACGCCAGUAAGUGCGGCUGGAAGCGUGACUUCAAGCGCGACUCAAGUAUUCCAGAACCUAGUGUUAAAAGACGGGGGUCUCUGCCCGUCGAAGUGGUCUCUAUAGCUCACACUGGUCGCUAUAAUUUUAGAUAAAAAUUAUUUAUUAUUUAUUAGUCUUGAUUUAUUUUUUUAUUAAAAUUUUUUUUUUUUUUUUGUAAAUACGCGAGUUGAUUGAUUAAUUAGACGCUCGGAAUUUAGGAGUUAUUAAUCUCAGGUUUGUUUAUUUAUUUUGUUUUUUAAAUUAAUUAUUUUUAAAUCGGACGUUUGGAAUUUUAUUCCUAAUUAAUGAAAUUGAAUCUCAUUGAGCCAAAUUAGUGCCAUAUUUUAUUUAUAAAUUUAUUAAUCGGGUUAAUUAAUCAAUUAACUAAAUUAAAUGUUAGGAAAGGAUUAUAAAAUAAAAAC